AGGCUAUGAAAGUGACUUUGGCGCUUUUUUGGGUUGCCAUAUUGUUUUUCAUUAUGAUGAGGGUGCAUUCACACUCGCUCACUCAUCAAAACAGUGACAAAAAGAGAAUGAGAAGUAAGGUGUUAUAUUACAGGACAUAUGAUAAGCCGAAAAGCUACAGACUAAAUGGCAAAAGGGCAUACAAGCCAAUGGAACUGACGCUUUAACUAUCUGCUAUUGGUGAACGCCUUCGAACUUAUGCAAAAAAUGAAGCAAA